AUGGGGGAUGUAUUAGAAGGCACUGUCGCAAAAAAGCUUAAAUUUUCCAACUGGGAGACAAAUCAUGCAUCUUCUGACACUAACUAUAAACCAAGGAAAAUUUUUGAUUCAGUAGAAGAGAAAGUGGAGAUCAAAAAAGGUCAGGAAAUGGAUGAUAGUGUGGAUGAUGUAUUUUUUUCCAAGAUGCAACAUGAAGACUUCAGUCACACAGGAGUGAUUAGUGCAUUUGAAACCUUUGUUGACCAAAUGAGGAAACUAUUCUGGGCCAGGUACAAAAGGAUGGAGGUCAGCACACAGAAUGCUCUGAGGUCUUCGGAGAAGAACUUAUCUGCCCUGCUGAACCAGAUACACGAGUGCAGGCUGCAUAAACUUGAGACCUUCCAGAAGAUUGUUGCUGAUGAGCUUUCCAGUCUCGAGAAGGAAACUCAAAUUUUGGCAGACAUGGAGAAGGAUGCGUUGGACUUCUGGAAUGCACAUCUGCUCAAGCUGAAUUCUUUUUGCAACCAGCAAAAACAAAGAAUUGAGUCUGUUGACUCAGCCCUUGGUGAAUCAGCGAGGAGUUUUGCCGACAGUAUCCAGAAUACAACUCAUGAACACCCAAUGAAGAAGGCAGAAGAAAGCAAUGUGUUCGUCAUUUCUUCUGACUAG